ACAGUGCUUCCAAAUUUUGUAGGAGGAAGACGUUUUACGUUUCUACUCUGCAAUUUGAUUAUUUUGGCCAUAAAUGCAAGUGCAAAACACCAACUAAACAACGGUUGUGUAUGCGCAGUGCAUGUUAAAUUUAUAAAUUAAACAAAAUAUAACAAGUGUUGGCGUCGGUAACGCGUUAACAUUAUUAAAGUGACUGCGCGCCUGUUGGAAGUGCAUAAAAAUCGAUUAGCAUUUGUGAAAUUUGAGCCGGUCGCGUGACAAUUUAGCGGAUUUUAUGUCAUUUUUACUAUGAAAUUGGAUGAAAUUGUUGCAUGGUACCAGAAACGAAUCGGCACCUAUGAUAAGCAAGAAUGGGAGAAAACCGUAGAACAGCGUAUUUUAGAUGGCUUCAAUAGCGUUAACUUGAAGAACACCAAGCUUAAAACGGAACUGAUUGAUGUGGAUCUGGUGCGAGGCUCGACAUUUCCGAAAGCGAAGCCAAAACAAACUUUACUCACUGUCAUACGUUUGGCGAUAUUGCGUUACCUGUUGCUGCCACUUUAUGCACAAUGGUGGGUGAAGCAGACGACACCGAAUGCCUUUGGCUUCAUUCUCUGUCUAUAUCUCACACAACUGAUCAAUUGGGCCAUAUAUAUCAUGCACAGCAAUCGAAUUGCGCCGCUUGUCUACGAUCAGGAAGUGAAUGCCACAAAUGUCGAUGAUGCGGCGACUGUUGCCGAUAAGCAGCAAUCGGAGGAGAAUGCUGAUUUGCUCAGCGCAUUGUUAAUACCCUGUGCGCUCAGCUUACUGAUUAGCUUAAUACACUCACAGAUUGUGGCAACGAAUACGGCUCCAGGCAGCAGCACUAAAAACAAACUGCGACGUUUCUCCAUGACCAGCUUCAGUGAGAAAUCAAAUGCGCCUAGGGAACAACGUUUGCGACGGCGCAAGAAGUUUGUGCGCAUGCGACAAUCCGAAACGGACAUUUCACAGGCCAGCAGCAAUCACUCCCUAAGUACACGACGUGCCAAACUGACACCCAUGACACCCGUUGAGCCAGCGACUCCAACGACCACAACUGAGCUAAAACCCUUCAAUUGUUCAUCCGUUCCCAGUGAGGAGACCUUCCCAACCACAACUGCCAUAACCACCGUACAUCAUCAAGAAGCAGCUGCCGAUAGCACAACCCUCAAGGAGCCAAUCUAUGAUCUCAGAAAGAUAGCAACUGAUGUGCCCGAAAGUCCCCAUAAGAAGCGCAAUGUCAAUUGGCACACUCCCAUACAGAUUUGUGCCACAUUCGAUCAGAAUGAAUUGCCCUCAUCCAGCAUUGAACUGUGCAAUGCCGUGCCAGCGCCAAGUGGAUCAAGAUUGCAGCCCAGCUAUCGCAUUGGCGAAGACGAUGGCUUCGAGAGCCUCAAUGGCAAAAGCUCCAGUGGCGAGGACAACAAUCUUUCACCCAAUGUUGUUGCUGGCAAUGCAACAGCAACUUUAGCACAGCCAUCGCAGCUGCGAUUGCGUCUUAAUGUAAGCAGCAACAACACCUCCAAUAACAGCAGCAACAAUGCGUCAACAACUGAAAAAAUGUCCCGGGAAUCGAGCAGCAGCUGUGCCGAAUCAGAUGGAUGCGAUGAUGCGGAUAUUAUAUCAAGUCCAGCCUCGGCAGGCACACAGGAAUUUAAUACAUCCGCCACCGAUUGGUUGGGCGUAACCACAAACAGUGAGGAUUGCAGCUACACCUCCGAACUGGAUCAAUCGGAUGGCGGAUAUAAGCAUCAGCCAUGCAGCGAUGAGGAGCUGCCAGAACUGGACAUAACACCCACAACAAUAUUGAAUCCGCACAGCAGCACGGAUCGCAUUAGCUGCACCAUUUGGGAUCAGCGCGAUACGAAGAAGGCGCAACUAUCUGUGCUGGAGAUUGCCUCGUGCAUCAUCGAGCGCGUCGAUUCGCUGGGCGUGACCAACGAUUACAUUUACAUUGGCGUCUUCUUCUCCUUUCUGCUGACACUGAUUCCAACCUUUUGUCGGCUGUGCGAGAUCACAAUUGAUGCGGAUAAGGCCAGCGAGAUAAGCUACUUCAAUAUGCCGCAGUUGUUGUGGGAGAAGUCAUCGUCCUCGUUCUUUACAAUCUUGGGCUUUGCCUUCGGCGAGGCGCAAUGGGAACGCACCGUGUUGGCCUUGGGCUUUGUCCAGCGUUUAUGCCUCACGCUCAUCUUAUUCAUCAUCUUUGCUGUCGCAGAACGUACCUUUAAACAGCGUUUUCUGUACGCAAAACUCUUUUCACAUCUGACUUCGUCACGUCGUGCUCGCAAAUCGAAUCUACCACAUUUUCGUCUCAAUAAAGUGCGGAAUAUCAAGACCUGGCUGAGUGUGCGAUCCUAUCUAAAGAAACGCGGCCCUCAGCGUUCAGUGGACAUUAUUGUAUCAGCCGCAUUUAUAGUCACUCUGCUGCUGUUGGCCUUUCUGAGUGUGGAAUGGCUGAAGGAUUCGGUGCAUUUGCACACACACUUGACGCUGGAGGCGUUAAUCUGGUCUAUAACCAUUGGCAUCUAUUUACUGCGUUUCAUGACACUUGGUCAGAAAAUUCAGCACAAAUAUCGCAGUGUUUCGGUGCUGAUAACCGAACAAAUCAAUUUGUAUUUGCAAAUUGAACAGAAACCUAAGAAAAAGGAGGAAUUAAUGGUCUCAAAUAGUGUACUAAAGCUGGCAGCUGAUCUGCUCAAGGAACUGGAAACGCCAUUCAAGAUCUCUGGUCUAAGUGCCAAUCCCUAUCUGUUCACAACCAUCAAAGUUGUCAUCCUAUCGGCACUCUCCGGUGUGUUGAGCGAGGUGCUCGGCUUUAAAUUGAAGCUACACAAAAUUAAAAUUAAGUAAGUCAAAACAAGGAAAAAUUCAAGUUAACUGUGGAGUGAACAGAAUGGAACGAUAAUCGGAUCAUUGGCAAGGCGAAUGUUAUAUUUUUGUAGUACAAUUUUUUGGAAUGCUUUAAGAAAGAAACCUACAAAAUUACCUAAAUAUAGUUUUUAUAAAAAUAAUUCAAAUUUUAAUAGUAAUAAAUUAAGUAAGCCAACGUUUAUGUUUGUCAUGUGAUUGUUUAGCCAGCGUUAACUACUUAAAUUGUAAUUCCUACAUCUAAUAAUUAUACAAACUAAUAUUUAAUAAAGUCCUAUAUUUACAUAAACACAA